CUAAAGUUAAUAUUUGUACAUUUACAACCCCUUCCUAGGCAAUGCACUACGCAAUCCAACAUGGCGACGGUUCUCAGACUGGCAGCAAAAGGGUGCUGGGCGGGCGGCCCACGGCCCGCCGUGCUGCAGGGGCCCCUCGUCACUCAGUGGACACGUGCAGUGUUCACCUCUCCCUCAGCGGCCGCCCUCAAGUCACAGUCGGCUGAAGACUACUGGGCCAAGAAUAAACGGCUGCGUCGGCCCGUGUCACCCCACCUCACCAUCUACAAGCCACAGAUCACCUCCAUGCUCUCCAUCACUCACCGCGGCACAGGUCUGGCUCUCUCCGUGCUGGUGUCUGGCCUCGGCAUUGGUACAGUGAUGUUGCCCGGCUCCUACCCACACUACUUGGCCAUGGUACAGGCCAUGCAGUUUGGUGGAGGCAUCAUCAUGGGUGCAAAGUUCCUCAUUGCCCUGCCCUUCAUGUUCCAUCUCUGCAACGGCGUCCGGCACUUGGUGUGGGAUUUGGGCUAUGGCUUCACCCUGCGUGCCCUCUACAAGUCAGGCUACCUGGUGGUGGCCGUGUCGGUGAUCCUGGCGGCCAUUGCAGCGGCCAUGUGAACCAUUGGGAACCUGGACCAAGACUGCCGGUAUUCUGUCCAAAUUAAUUUAUUUUUGUGACUACAAUUUGUUUUGUUUUUUGUUUGUGUAAAUAUUUCAGUUGAAAGAGUUGCAAGGAUUGUGCCUCGGCACAAAUGAGUAACAUUCUGACUAUUCUUGUGGAAGAAAGUGGGGCACACAACUUAUCAGUAAAGUGAAUGCUGGACACACCCUUAUCACAUCAGUAAUAUGAGAAGGCAACAAAACUCAGGUUUUGUCAAUGAAUAACAUGGCUCCUAAAGGUGAUAUGUAUAUAUAUAAUAUAAUAUAAUAAAGAGUUUAAGAUUU